AUGAGAUUCGGAAUCGUCUUGGGCCGGGCUUGUUUCCGGCCCUUGCUGCCUUCGCAUUCCAGUUCGCCUCAUCUUCUACGCCGCGUCGCGUUCCGACUUCACCACACACGCCAGAUACCGCGCACGGCUUCGGGAGCAAGGGCAGCUUCGGCGAGGAGACUCAUUCUCAAGGCCUCGACUGGUGCAGCUGCCCUGAGUGCUGGCGCCUUCGUCGAGAUUUCGCAAACCGACAAUGAUGGCACCGAGCAGACGGGCGAACACCGAAUGCUGGAGGUCUCCCGCGAGGAGAUGCGCAAAGCCGUUGGCGACGACGAAACUGGGCUGCAAAGGGCGGCGCACAAGGUUGUCCUCUGGUUUGACUUGUAUUUGUGGGAGCCGUUCUGCACGGGCUUUCGCUUUCUGCACCUCCUCGUCAUCUUCGUGCCCGUCAUCAUCACGGUCCCCGCAAUUUGGAUUGGCACACGCCGCCCCGAGCGUGAUGGCGAACGAAGCGGGACGCUUUGGUGGUACGGUUUUUUGGUCAAGGCAAUGGAACUUGCAGGCCCUGCCUUUAUCAAACUGGGACAAUGGGCGGCAUCUCGAACAGACAUCUUCCCCAACGAGAUGUGUGACGCCAUGUCCAAGCUUCACUCGAACGCGCCCGCACACUCCCUGCACGCAACCCGCAGGACGGUCUCGGCAGCGUUUGGCGGGCGCGAGUUUGACGACAUCUUUGACGAGUUUGACGAGAAACCGCUCGGCGUUGGGGCCAUUGCGCAAGUCUACAAGGCCAAACUCAAGCCCGAACUAGCCACGUCAAAGGGUGGCAUGAGCCGCUCCGAGGGAUACCGUGGUGGCCUGUCGGAAAAUGUGCGACGACACGUCGAAUCCGUGCUCAAAAGCUCACCAAGGCGCGUCCCGUCAUCGUACGUGGCCGUCAAAGUCCUCCAUCCCCGAGUAGACAGAAUCGUCCGCCGCGACCUGAAAAUCAUGCACUUCUUCGCAUCUAUCCUCAACUCCAUCCCCACAAUCGAAUGGCUCUCCCUGCCCGACGAAGUAGCUCAAUUCGGCGAAAUGAUGAAGCUCCAGCUCGAUCUGCGCAUCGAAGCCGCCAACCUCGAGAGCUUCCGCCGCAAGUUCCAGGACCGCACAACCGCCUCAUUCCCCUACCCCUACACCGACUUCACGACGCGCAACGUCCUCAUAGAAGAGUUCGCCCAGGGCAUCCCGCUCGCCGACUUCAUGGAAAACGGCGGCGGGGUAUUCCAGCACGACAUUGCCGACGAGGGCCUCGACGCCUUCCUACGCAUGCUCCUCCUGGACAACUUUGUCCACGCAGACCUCCACCCGGGCAACAUCAUGGUGCGCUUCUACCAGGCAGCCCAGCCCGAACUGCGCCUCCUCAAGAAGCCAGACCGCAACGCCCACGACCAAGAAGCAGACGUGACGGAAAUGGUCCUCGAGCGUCUGCGCCCCUUCAGGCGCCGCAAGAACAAGGCCGCCUGGGAAGCCGAGCUCGCCAAAAUCGACGCAGAGGGGUACCGGCCGCAGCUCAUAUUCAUCGACACGGGCCUGGUGACGGAGCUCAACGCCACCAACCGCGCCAACUUCCUCGACCUCUUCCGCGCCGUCGCCGAAUUCGACGGCUACAAGGCCGGCCACCUCAUGUGCGAACGCUGUCGCCAGCCCGAAGCCGUCCUGGAAAAGGAGGUGUUUGCUCUCAAAAUGCAGCACCUCGUGCUCAGCGUCAAGUCCCGCACCCUGGCGCUGGGAAACGUCAAGAUCGGCGACAUCCUCCAACAAGUCCUGUCCAUGGUGCGCACCCACCACGUCCGCCUGGAGGGGGACUUUGUCAACGUCGUCAUCAGCAUCCUCCUCCUCGAGGGAAUCGGGCGCAGCCUCAACCCGGACCUGGACCUGCUGAGCAGUUCCCUGCCGAUCCUGCGACAGCUCGGCACCCAGAGCGGCGCAACAAUGGCCAAGAGCGGCGACUUCAGCAUGAUCUUGGUCUGGGCGGGCUUGGAGGCGAGGAAGUUCCUCCAGGCGAGUAUAGAAGACGUGAGUCGAUCCCCUGCCCUGCCUGGCCCCAUCUGCUCGGCCGUGUCGGCCAGAACCUCUUUGUAA